GUUGGAAGAGUUGCAGGUGCGAAAAUGUGAUUCUGUUGGGGCAAUAUUUGAUAUGAUAGAUGCACCAAAACAUGAUGCAGACAUGAUUAUUAUUCCCUUGAGGACAUUGAUCUUGGAGCGGCUUCCAAAUCUGAGCCAUGUUUGGAACAGUGACCCUAAAGGAAGCCUGAGCCUUGCAUUGGAGAAAGUUACUGUCAAUGAAUGUAAAAGCAUAAAGAGUUUGUUUCCAGCAUCAGUUGCAAAAGAUAAUAUACAAAAGUUAGAUGUGAGAUGCUGUGCCGAGUUAGUGGAAAUUGUUGCAAACAAUGAAGCAACGAUAAAAGAAGCAAACAAAGAGGUUACUAUUUUCACGAAGUUAACCUCAUUGACACUCUGUGAUUUGCCAAAUCUGAAGAGCAUUUGUUCUGAAAUGCAAAUUAUAGAUUCAUCAAAGUUGGAUGGCUGUGAAAAAUCUUCAUCAAGUGCAAUACUACCAUCUUAUUUACUUCCUUGCCUAAGUAAGUUGGAAGAGUUGCAGGUGCAAAAAUGUGAUUCUGUUGAGGCAAUAUUUGAUGUGAUAGAUGCACCAACACAUGAUGCAAACAUGAUUGUUAUUCCCUUGAAGACAUUGAUUUUGGAGCAGCUUCCAAAUCUGAGCCAUGUUUGGAACAAGGAUCCUAAAGGAAGCCUGAGCCUUUCGUUGGAAAAAGUUACUGUCAAUGAAUGUAAAAGCAUAAAGAGUUUGUUUCCAGCAUCAGUUGCAAAAGAUAAUAUACAAAGAUUAGAUGUGAGAAGCUGUGUGAAGUUAGUGGAAAUUGUUGCAAACAAUGAAGCAGCCAAAGAAGAAGCAAACAAAGAGGUUACUUUGCUCACGAAGUUAACCUCAUUGACACUCUGUGAUUUGCCAAAUCUGAAGAGCAUUUGUUCUGAAAUGCAGAUUAUAGAUUCAUCAGAUGUGGAUGGCUGUGAAAAACUUUCCUCAAGUGCAAUACUUCCAUCUUAUUUACUUCCAUGUCUAAGUAAGUUGGAAGAGUUGCAGGUGCAAAAAUGUGAUUCUGUUGAGGCAAUAUUUGAUGUGAUAGAUGCACCAACACAUGACUCAAACAUGAUUAUUACAAUUCCCUUGAAGAUAAUGACUUUGGAGCAUCUUCCAACUAUGAGGCAUGUUUGGAACAAGGAUCCGAAAGGUAGUAUCAGCCUUGCAUUGGAAGCAGUUACCAUCAAUGAAUGUAAAAGCAUCAAGAGUCUGUUUCCAGCAUCAGUUGCCAAAGAUAACCUACAAAAAUUAGAAGUGAGAAAUUGUGUGGAGUUGGUGGAAAUUGUUGCUAGAGAUGAAGCAGCCACCAAAGAAGCAAGUAAAGAGCUAGCUAUGUUUCCCAAGUUAACUUUGUUGGUGCUAUGUGAUUUGCCAAAUCUUGGUUGUAUCUGUUCUGGAAUGCAAAUUCUUGAUUGGCCACUAUUAGAAAAAUUAAAUGUUUAUCAUUGUGAAAAUCUGAAGGUAUUAGCAGCAAAUUUCCCAAAUUCUCCACGUUCUUAUCCAGAGGAUCAAGAUACCAUUACAAUAGAAAGUCAUGGCAUCCUUUCAACUGGAUCGGUUGCCCCUCAGUUGGUGAAACUGUCCCUGAAUAAGGAAGACAUCAUUAUGAUUGAGCAAGAACUACCUCAUGUGGACCUCCAAAAAAUAAAAACCCUCACUUUACAGAGUUUUAAGGAUGAUUCAGAUACAUUUCCAAAUGAUUUUUUUACAAAGGUGCCACUACCCAAUAUAAAAAAGCUAUGCCUGAUAGAGUGUGCUUUUGAAGCGUUAUUCCACUCACAAAGGCCCGAGACAGAACAACAUACCAAAAUCCCUUCACAGCUUAAAAAGUUGGAGCUUAAAAAUCUAUACAAGCUUAAAUCCAUAGGGUUGGAGCACAGUUGGGUGGUCCCACUUCUUGAAAAUGUCAAGGUCUUGAAAGUCUUGGAAUGCAGUUGUUUGACAAAUUUGGUACCAUCUACUGUACAAUCUUUCUCCUGCUUGACUGAACUGCAUGUGGAGGGUUGUGCAAGAUUGCAAUACUUGUUCACAUCCUCAACUGCCAAAGGUUUGGUUGCAUUGGACGAGAUAUCUGUUUCCAACUGUGAAUUGCUGGAAACUGUAGUGGCACAUGAAGAGAGUGAUAAACCAGAUGAUCAAGUGAUAUUCCCGGAACUCUGGAACCUGUCUCUCAGCAAGUUACCAAGACUUGGAAGCUUCUACACAGGGAACUCAACUUUGAAGAUCCGGUGGUUGAUGAAUGUUACGAUCACCGAGUGCAAGUGCAUGGAAACUUUCUCUCGCGGUAAUCUGGUAGCACACAAGCUACGAGCUGUGGAUAUAGAUGAAGAGCAUUGGUCCAAAGUUGAUCUGAAUACUGUGAUCCAGCAACAGUUUGAGAAAGGAAAGGAAGCAACCUUAAGUUAGCACAAUCAAAAUCUCACCCACAUGACUUAUACGUUGUAUGGGACUCCAAAUGCAGCAACCAGCAAGAGCAAAAGUGGAUCACAUCAUGACAACAACUGUUCAAAUAAUAAAGUGGUUGUUUCUUAUUGUUGAAAUGUGGUGUGCAUGAAAUAAGUUCCCUGUAAUCUUACAGGGAAGAAGUGUGAAUGGCUUUUAAGUGACAUGAAAGUAUUAUUAUUCUGUAUUUUCGUACAUGAUGUGAGGUGUGUGUAUUAUUUUGAAGUUAUUGAAACUGUACUUGUAGAAAAUAAAAGUGACCUCCAAUUUUAGAGGAGUAUGGUUUGUGUAGAAGUUGUGAGAGAUUGUUCUAAGAACAGAGUUGACAAUGGCAUAUAUGUUUAAAACUUCGAUAAA